AAACAAUUUUGUGUUUAUCUAUUCAAAAUUCCCGGUCACUUCAAAACAUGUUUCGAACUUUCUUCAACAAAAUUUUUUAAUAUUUAGGGUAUCAAGAAGUAUAUAAGGAAAUAAAAUAUUUGGUAACGUGCCAUUGACAAGGUGUACAAGAAUAUAUAGAGUCCGAAGAUAACAUUCGGAAUGCAACUAUCACGUUUUCCUAUAUAUAAUAAAUCGUAAUUCACGCUUAACAACAAUUUCUCGUUGGGACAUAAACUUCUAAUUGGGAUUCAAAAACACGAGUUUUGUAACAAGAAUUGUUGGCCUGACGUAUACUAGAUAUUUAAUACAUAAUCAUUUAAUAAACAAGUGAAAAUGAAUAAAAGUUCGAUAUCUGGCAAUGCCACUAAACCUGAAAGUAUAACAUUAAAAUAUAAAGGUGAUGGAACGUCUGUGUCUCCUAAGGAUAGAAAAUAUGGAGGAGAUACAAUAUUUCAAAAUAAUGAUUGCCCCUUAACAAGUGAACAAUUCUUAAGAGCAAGACAGAAAUUUGUUCUUCUUGAAAAUGCAAAUAGUACAAACGAUAGGAAUGCCUCAGCAGGAAAAGAUGUUAAUAAAAACAAAAACAGUUCCAAACCAGUUGAAGCAAAUAGAAAUCUUCCGAAGGAGUUUGCAGAGAAAAGUUACUCAACCAUUAACACUGAACAUGAAAUCAACCCUCCAUUUCAGCCUCUACUCUAUGAGGGAUCAGCCUCCACAGUCUCACCUGUAGAACUGAAUCCAAAUGAAAACCUUAUCUAUAAAACUGAAGCGCCAAUGGUACUACCUAAUGAAAAGCCAUGCUUGAGUAAAGAAUGUAGUGUUUUGUUUGGAAUAGGUACAACUGACCUUCAAAAAGAAUUUGAUUUUAAAACGAUACGAAAUAAAUUUAAAAAUUGGGCGGAGCCCAAAAACGAUAACGUAAAGAGGUUAAUAGCUAAACUCGAAAGAAAAACUAAGACUAGUGAACACGAUGGAAGAGAUCAAGUGAAAAAGAAGAAGGAAUAUGGCAAGAUGAUUUAUGAGGAAAAUAACACAAAAAAUGAUGAAGGCAAUAACCAUCGGACCAACCCGAAAUAGUAUCAAACUUGUGCCAAAAAACCAAUGAAAAAAGUUGCUCAACUACUACUUCUUAAUUUUGGACUCACUUAACAAAUCAUAUCCAAAUAAUGUCAUCAACUAACAUUAGGUUAAAUUCUCAUACCCGGAUAAUAAUGACUAAUUAAUAUUUACUAAGUAAAUGUAUGAAUACCAUAGUAUACAAAAGUCAUCUUGAAAACCUUAACACCCAAAACCCACAUCCCAAACCCCAAACCUUAAACACCAUUCAACUUUUAUCUUAAUAAAUAAACACAUGCAUGAAUUACGA